AUGCCUUCUGUGAAGCAAGUUCUCGCUUGUAUAAUCCUCUGGGGUUUAGUUUUAGGAGAAGCAGCCAACAGGAUUUACUACCUUGGAAUUAUGGAGGAGUACUGGGAUUACGCUCCAACUGGGAAGAAUCUAAUCACAGGACAAAACCUGACAGAGGAUGAAGAAGCCAUUAUAUACGUGAAAAGAGGAGUGGACAGGAUCGGCAGUGUUUACAAAAAGGCAAUUUUCAGACAAUUCACAGACGAGACCUAUUCUCAGGAGAUCGCCAAGGCAUCUUGGCUGGGUUUUCUUGGUCCAGUGCUGAGAGCUGAGGAAAGGGAUACAUUCAUCAUUCAUCUGAAGAACUUUGCUUCCCGGCCUUAUUCUGUGCAUCCACAUGGAGUCUUCUAUAAGAAAGAUUCUGAAGGAGCCCUCUACCCUGAUGGCACAGGAGGCAAAAGUAAAGAAGACGAUUUUGUACUACCUGGUACCAAUUAUACGUAUACGUGGCCUGUGACUGAUGACUUUGCUCCUACGUCAACAGACCCGAGGUGUCUGACGUGGAUAUACCAUUCGCACAUUAAUACACCGAAAGAUAUCAGCACUGGCUUAAUUGGACCGUUGCUGGUUUGCAAAGAAGGGUCAUUAGACAGUGCUUCCAUGCCAGUAGCCAACAUACCUAAAGGCCUUGCUCUGAUGUUCAGCAUUGUAGAUGAAAAUCUCAGCUGGUACUUGGAUGAGAAUAUAAACACCUUCUGCUCAGAGCCAAGCACUGUUGACAAAGAGGAUGAAAAUUUCCAGCUCAGCAAUAAGAUGUUUGCAAUUAACGGCUAUUGUUUUGGAAACCUUCCUGGCUUGGAGAUGUGUGCUGGUGAACAAGUGUCUUGGCAUAUGUUUGGGAUGGGGACCGAGAUCGAUAUUCACUCCGUUCAAUUCCUUGGCCACACCUUCAUUAAUCGAGGACACCGGGCAGAUGUUGUCAGCCUCUUUCCAGCCACCUUUGUUACUGCUGAUAUGUUACUGCAGAAUGUUGGGAAGUGGGUUUUAACCUGCCAAGUUGACCGUCACAUACAAAGUGGUAUGAUGGGGUUAUACAAUGUCAAGGCAUGUGACAGAAAUGUAACCAAGCCUUUAGAGAAUGGUCAGGAGAGAAGAUAUUUCAUCGCUGCUGAAAGGAUUCUGUGGGACUAUGGACCCAGUGGGAUUGAUAAAUUCACAGGGCAGGCUUUAAACGCUACAGACAGUGAUUCGGCACCUUUCUUUACAGAAGGAGAUGUCAGAAUAGGAGGUCGCUACUGGAAAGUUCACUAUGUCUCAUACACUGAUGGAAAGUUUACCAGAAGAAAGGAACAACCUGAAUUUGGCACUCAUCUUGGCAUACUUGGUCCAGUUAUCAAAGCUGAAGUUGGAGAUACAAUUUUGGUUACCUUUGCUAACAAGGCGGACAAGAACUACAGCAUGAUGCCUCACGGUGUGGCCUUCAACAAGUCGUCAGAAGGAGCUCCUUAUUUCGAUGGUCAUCAGAAGCCAGGAGCCCAUGUUAAACCUGGGGAGACCUUUGAGUACAAGUGGAGCGUUCCUGAGAGUGUUGGCCCAACUGACAGUGAUCCAUCAUGUCUCACUUACCUGUAUUAUUCAGCAACGAAUCCAGUGAUGGACACCCAAUCUGGUCUUGUGGGGCCUCUACUAAUCUGUAAAAAGGGUACUCUGGAACCUGAUGGGAAACAGAAAGGGGUUGACAAAGAAUUCUAUCUGCUGUUUACAAUCUUCGAUGAGAAUAUGAGCCACUAUCUUGACAAAAACAUUGAUGCUUUUACUGGAGAUCCAUCUAAGGUUAAUAAGGAAGAUGAGGAUUUCCAGGAAUCUAACAAAAUGCACGCAGUCAAUGGGUACCUUUUUGGUAACUUGCCCGGCCUCACCAUGUGCAAGAAUGAUCACGUUUCUUGGCAUAUGAUUGGACUGGGCACAGAGACGGACAUGCAUGGUGUUCAUUUCCAAGGGAACACCAUCCACUUGGGUGGCAGAAACAGGGAUACCCUCUCCUUGUUCCCACACACGUCGACGACGGCCCUGAUGCAGCCAGACCGAGUAGGGACUUUCGAAGUGGUGUGCAGAACAUUUGACCACUUUACUGGCGGGAUGAAGCAGCUGUAUAAAGUUAAAGCCUGCCACAGGGCGGCUGAAGACAGGAGGCAGUAUGGGACCAUCAGAACCUAUCUCAUUGCUGCAGAAGAAGUAGAAUGGGAUUAUGCUCCUGACAAGUCCUGGGCAGAAAAGAAGGAGGAUUCCGCGCACAAGGAGGAAAGUUACGGACACGUGUUUGUGAACCAUGAUGAAGAUCAUAUAGGUUCCAAGUAUAAGAAAGUGGUUUUCAGAGCAUACGAAAGCGGGGACUUCACAGAGCACAAAAAGAGGACUCCAGAGGAGCAACACCUGGAGAUUCUAGGACCCUUGAUCCAUGCUGAAGUCGGCGACUCAAUACUGAUUGUAUUUAAGAAUAAAGCAACCAGGCCUUAUUCAGUAGCAGCACAUGGGGUAGAAGAGACAGCAGGUGGUAAUGAAGCACACAUCACUAUGCCAGGAGAAAUAAGUACGUACCGAUGGAACGUUCCAGAAAGGUCGGGCCCUGGCAUCACCGACCCUAAUUGUAUCACUUGGGUUUACUACUCAACAGUGAAUUUUGUAAAGGACACAAGCAGUGGUUUAAUUGGGCCACUUAUAAUUUGCAGAAAGGGGUUUUUGAGUGCAAGCGGUUUAAGGACAGACAUAGAUCGUGAGUUUGCUCUUCUGUUCAUGGUCUUUGAUGAAAAUGAGUCCUGGUAUUUGAAUGAAAAUGUUGAAAAAUAUCUACACAAGAAUCCGAAGGACUUAAAUCACACUGAUGAGUUUGUGGAAGGAAACAAGAUGCAUGCAAUCAACGGAAAGAUCUAUAACAACCUCCCUGGGUUAACAAUGAAGGAAGGGGAAAACACAAACUGGUAUCUAAUUGGGAUGGGGAAUGAAAUUGACCUUCAUACUGUCCAUUUCCACGGAGGGAGUUUCCUCUUCAAGACAGAUCACGAUCACAGAGGAGAUGUGUAUGACCUUUUCCCAGGGACCUUUCAGACUGUUGAACUGGUUGCAUUUAAUCCUGGGACAUGGCUUUUGCAUUGCCAUGUGCACGAUCAUAUACACGCUGGGAUGGAGACAACGUACACUAUCAUCAGCUCUGAUCAUGUAGACACAACCACAGUAUAUGAUACAUUCACUGUUAGUGGCAGGACUUCAGCAAAAGGUAAUGGUAGAGGAAGAGUAGAUUUUUUGGGGGAAACUCUGAACAUACAAGAAGCAAGCUUCGUCCUCAAAGCUCUUUUUUCCACCGGACUUGUUCUUCUGGCUACCCUCCUAAUCCUUAUAUUCUUUAUUGCUUGCCAGAAAAAAAAGACCCCAUAUAGAGCCAUUGAACACAGAUGCCAUCUCCCAAUGGAAUCUUUCUAA